AUGGGCAAUACGCAGACCAAAGAAGAACGUGGACAGGGUUCCGCCGGCUCCAGGGUCGGUGGCAGCGUGAGCUCGGCUGCAAGACCAGAUGCGCAAUCCAAUGGUUCAGAGGCUUCACUUCGGGCCGUGUCCUCUUCUCGCCAGCGGACGGGCAGCCGACCGGAUUUCUCCUUUCUCGGCAUCGGCGGGAGUAGUGAUCAAGAUGCCUCUUCGCUCGAGGCCAGGCGGGAGAACAAGCAGGAGAGAGAGGCCCGGAAGGCAGAGAAAGAAAGAGUAGCAAGACUUAAAGAGCGCGAACGCAGCAUGAGAGAAGAACAUGUUGAUGGAGGCUAUCUCGUCACUCAAGGUGUCUACGUUGGCCCCGAGGACUUUAACAAAGUUAUUGUCCGUCAACUCAUGAUUGAACGGCGACUGGCGCCCUUUUGGAGAGGCUUGAACGACUUCUCCGAUUCCUGGGCAGAGCAUCAACUUAUGGCAGCGGCUAGAGGUAUGCCGAUCCCGCCGGCCGAUGAGGUCCCUCCGGAACUCGAAUAUCGGCUCACCAAAAGAACAACGACGGACAAAACCAAAGGCUCGUCUCUCAAAAACGCCACGAUACCCAUUGGAUCCAGGUCGCAGUCAUUCCAAUCGGAUAGUUCAGCACGACUAUCCCCUGUUCCUCACUCACUCCCGCUUGGUUCUACGGCACCGGCACCACCAUCUAACUCGCCGAGCACUGGCAUUUUUAGAACUCGAGCCAAAACACUGGCCUCCCUAACCACAUCAUCCCGCGGUAACUCACAAGCCGACAUGACGCCGAGAGAGUUCCAAUUGCCGCCGGACCCCUUCGUCAAUGGCCAACCCAUCGAGGUCUAUCUGUACAAAGACGCCACGGAGUGCCCAAUUUGUUUCCUUUAUUAUCCUCCGUAUCUCAACACCACCCGAUGUUGUGAACAGCCAAUCUGUUCGGAAUGCUUCGUUCAAAUCAAACGCCCUGAUCCACAUCCCCCCGAGCAUGAACAGCCAGAGCCCAAUGCCGCACCUGCGUCCGAUGCGGAGAGCGAAGCACAAGAGGAAGGUCUCCUCGUCUCAGAGAUCGCAACAUGCCCUUAUUGCAAGACUCCGGAUUUCGGCAUCACCUACACGCCACCUCCGUUCCGAAGAGGGCUCACAUACGGAACAGGAUCUCAGCCUUACCAAGUCAUGUCGGCAAGGUCUUCUCAGACGUCGAUCUCCUCAGGUAACUUGUCCCCCGGUCCCGGCCGUCGGCGGGGCACUUCGCUUUCUGCGAACGCCCCGGAGGUAAUCACCACAGACAAGAUCCGCCCAGACUGGGCUACGAAGUUGGCGGCGGCUCGUGCUCACGCUGCGCGACGAUCUGCAGCAGCCACAGCUCUGCACACCGCAGCGUAUUUGAUGAACGGACAGAGCAGUGAAUCUCGAACGUUUCCGGCGUUUGGUCGAAGAAAUAUGCUCAGGAGGCCUCCUUUGGAGGGCACAGAGAAUGGUCCUAGUUCAAACUUGAGUGCGCUGGCAAUGUUGGCCGAAAGGAAUGGUGCGCGUCAACACGAGCAGACGAAUUCGGAGGCGAGAAAUCCUUUCCUACCCCCGCCUCGCGGUAGCAGUUCUCGCAGGAGCAGGAUGGACGACCUCGAAGACAUGAUGAUGAUGGAAGCCAUCAGGCUAAGUCUAGCAUCCGAGGAGGAACGCCGCAGGAAGGAGGAGAAGGAAGCACGCAAGGAAGCAAAGAAAAAGGAGAAAGAGUGUAAGAAGGCGGAAAAAGCCGCCCGCAAGAACAGUCUCUUCACCUUGAACUCCACCACCAGCACCGGCGACGGAUCUAGCAGUUUCACGGAAAGGUCUCGCAGUAACCUCUCGCUAGGCUUGGAGGAUGAAUCUCCGGCGGGCAAAGGCAAGGCGAUUGAGCGCAGCGAGACACCCCCAUCGCAAGGGCCGAGUGUGGAAGAAGAGCCGGUGCGGCCGUCGUACAUCCCUGCCCUGUCGCUCUCUGGUACCAGCCAGGAAUCAUUGGCGUCCUCGAUACCGGUUCCUCUCGGAGCUGAACCCUUCCGACGAUCACAUCUGCGGCAGAUGUCCACUGCCUCUUCUGCCUCCUCCUCGUACGUUGAUUCUGGCCAGGCAGCCGCCUUUUCUGGUUCGGAUACCCCCCCUCCCGGGAGCCUUGAGCCGAUGUUCAACUUCCGAAGUUUGGCCGCAAUGAUUGGCGAAGAUGAGAAAGGAGAGAACACCGCACAUGUGGAGAACGUCAAUGGUGAUCGUUCUCCCAGAAGCACGGAAGACCAGACGGCUAUGACCGAGAAAACCAGGCCUACGAGCUCUGAAGGGACUCUGGACUCCGAUUCGGGGAACGCUGGAGGAGACGACCCAAGCCUUGGAAAAGGCAAGAGUGCGAUCGGAACUUCGCCAGCAUUACCAGAUGUAUAA